CGACGUGAUCAGGCAUCGUACAGUGCGUGCGAUUGACGUGCGUGUCGUGCAAUUUCCGCGUGGGGCUGGAGGAAGCGAAAAGUUGUGCCGGGUGGUCUUGGUAGCCCGCUCGCUGCCGGAUGGCGGUAUCGAUGAUAAUGGUAGCAGUGCUGUGUUAUAGCUGGGCUAGCUGCUGAUGGUGCGCAGUGGCGAAGCGAGGCCUACGCGCCGUGGCGCCCCCUCCCCCCAAUCAAUAUCGGGCGACCCGGCGGCGAAAUUUCGACUAUAACUUAGGCGUUUUCGACGCGAAACUCGUCUCUAGUAAUGCGCGUGUCCUUAGCGCGUCGAGUGUCGCGGACGUCACAACAUGGCGGAGGGUAACGGCGACGCAACAGUAGCGGAGAAGAUGGACGUGGAGGAGAAAUCCCGUUCACCCGACUAUCAGAAGCUCAUUAGUCAUGGGCUUAAUCAAGCUGUCGCUACCCAGUUGGAUGACAUUUUUAAGACGGGCAAACUUGCUUAUACGGACUUGGACGAACGCGCCCUCGAUGCCCUCAAAGAAUUCCCUCAGGAUGGCGCCUUGACCGUUCUCAAACAGUUCCUCGACUCGUCGCUCGAGCACGUAUCGAACAAGUCAGCCUUUCUCUGCGGUAUCAUGAAAACUUAUCGUCAAAAAAGCAAGAUGCCUAACGCUACGACAACAGAAAGUUCCGUCAAAGGCCCAGAUGAGGAAAAGAUUAAGGCGAUUCUCGAACGUAGCGGCUAUUCGCUUGAUGUAACCACAGGACAGCGCAAAUACGGUGGUCCACCACCAGGGUUUGACGGGCAACCGCCCGCAGCUGGCUGUGAAGUUUUUGUGGGCAAAAUCCCCAAAGACAUGUUUGAGGAUGAGCUGAUCCCACUGUUCGAGAAGUGUGGAAAAAUCUAUGAUCUGCGGCUGAUGAUGGAUCCUCUUACAGGAUUAAACCGCGGAUACGCAUUCAUCACUUACUGCGAAAAGCAGGGAGCCCAAGAGGCGGUGAACAUGUACGACAACUAUGAGAUCCGCAAGGGCAAGCACAUCGGAGUGACGAUUUCUAUCAACAACCAUCGCCUGUUCGUCGGUAACAUUCCUAAGAACCGCGGACGCGACGAGUUGUUGGAGGAAUUCACCAAACAUGCCCCUGGUCUCACAGACGUCAUUAUCUACACAUCGCCUGAUGAUAAAAAGAAAAACCGUGGCUUCUGUUUCCUCGAAUAUGAAUCGCACAAGGCAGCUUCACUGGCCAAACGUCGCCUCAGUACAGGCCGCAUUAAGGUGUGGGGCUGUGAUAUCAUUGUGGACUGGGCAGACCCUCAGGAAGAACCCGAUUCAGAGACAAUGUCCAAAGUGAAGGUGUUGUAUGUACGCAACCUCACUCAAGAUGUGAGUGAGGAGAAGCUCAAAGAAGCCUUUGAGGAAUUUGGAGGUAAAGUGGAACGCGUAAAAAAGAUUCGUGACUAUGCGUUCGUACACUUUGAGGAGCGUGAUGAAGCGCUAAAGGCCCUGGAAAAUAAUAACGGCCGCGAGAUGGGUGGUGCACCGAUGGAGGUCUCCCUAGCGAAACCACCAUCGGAUAAGAAGAAGCGUGAAGAAGUCCUUCGUAACCGUGAGAGGCGCAUGAUGCAGAUGUUCCAAAGCCGGGCAAUAUAUGGCCGGGAGGCUGACUAUCGUCUCAUUGGCCACCUUGGACCUCAUCCCCCACUUCCGCACCCACCGCCCGCACUUCGCGGCGCCGGACACCCGCCCAGGGGACCGCCUCAUCCACAUGCGCAUGCUGGACGCGCACCGAUUCCUCCGCGACCUUAUGGCGAUUACUACGGCUACGGUUUCGCGGGCGGCAAUGGCUACGGUGGGCCGGGGCCGGAAUUCUACGAAGACUACUACAACUAUCCGGACUACUAUGACUACUCAACGUCACAUAGCCGAGGCCGCACCAACGACGGCCAGGGCGGCCGAGUUCGCAAGACCAACACGUCGGGCGGCGGCAGCAAUCAGAACAGCAACUCGAAGUCCGCCAACAAGAGUCAGGCAGCCUCAAGCUGAUCUGCUUACCGCCACAGCGCCGCCGGCAUCAAUAUUCAUCAACAAGAACAACAACAACAUGCAGGAGAACGCUUAGCGGCGGCAGCGACAACGACAUCAAUGGCGGCGGGGGCGUCCGCGGCCGUGGCGGCGAAAGCGUCUGCUUUUGCUGCUGCGGCUGCAGCCUCCGCAAGGGCGGCGGUGGCGGCAUCAGCAGCGGCAGCAGCUUCUGCAGCGCCCGCGGCUGCGCUAGCGGCUGCGGCACGCAUGCAGCGGCAGCACCAACAGGAUCUGCGUCGGCGAUUCGGCGGCAGUUUCGAUAGCGGCGUCUAUCCCGGGAGCAUGACGGGCAGCACCGUGAUCAGCAGAAUGAUGAACACGAGAAGGAGUACUAUUCGUAACAAUUACAACAACUGCAGCAACAAUAUAAAUAAUAACCACUACUACAGCAACAUCGUCAAUAAUAACAACAAUAUCAACAGAGUUAACAGCUACAACACGACAUCGGUAUUCGGCAAUCGUUGCACGACCUGCGUGUCAUUAAUUGGCAAUGGUACAAUUAGUGACUGUUGUCGCCGCUGCUUCUUGCGUUGUUCCGGUGGAAGCAGUUGUCACGGCUGCAUUUCCCCGUUCACAUCAGCGUCGGCGGCUGCAGCUGCGAAAGUUACUGCAACUGCAGCCUUGCUGACGUAUUGCGGUGGCGGCGGUGACAGAUGGUGGUGACCGCACGGAUCGACGGACGACUAGCUGACGAAAAGACAGACAAACAAAGAGAGCGAGAGAGAGAGAGAGAAAGAGAGAGCGAGCGAGCGAGAGAGAGAGAGAGAGAGCGAGAGAGAGAGAGUGAAAAGACAAAAAUUGAGGGAACUUUUUGUGGGAAUUGAGGAAUCUGAGUAAUGGAAAAGACAGCGCUGAACCAAGUUACCGUUCGUUGAAACCGAUCAUAUAAUGUCUUUGUAUUCUAUUGAUGAUUAUAUUGAUGAUGCUGAUGAUCCUUGACGGUCAUUUACCGUCUCCUACCGUGUGUGGAGGGUCGUCAUUUGAUGGGAUCGCGCACAAGCUAAUUCCUACUCGUCGUCCAUAACAAAAACACUAACAGAAAGUCAGACCAAGAAAGAGAAAAGAAAUGACAGAUUGUAUUAGAGGGAAUACGACGGGCAUCAUCUAGACGAGACACAGGCAGUCUCUGCUUUGUCUUGUCAUCUGAUUUUGUCAUUCAUAGAUGUCACUGCUCGACCGCCCGACCGACCGCCCGCCCACGCGCCCGUCGUGUUCGCCUCUACGAUUUACACUUGACAUAUGCUUGUGAGGUGCGAAUGUAUUUGACACUAUGAGCAAAUGAGCCUUGUGUAUGUUCUGGCGCGUACUCGCGUAGCGGUCUACGCGAUAAUAAUGAUAAAAGAUUAAAACGGCUACACCGAUGGUGAUGAUGGAAACGGGACGGGUAGAUUUGGACACGUGCGGAGCUGGCUACGGAAACGACGAUGCGUCGCCAGUCAAGCCUUCCCUCCAUACAGCCGAGAUAAUAAAAGCAGUAUCAUGAUCACCGUAAUUAUUUGACAGAAAACUACAACAGCCUCAAAAGCCACAGCAGAAUCUUCAGUUACUUGGCAUGCACUUGAAGACCAGUAAAACAAUCUUUUUCAUCGUCAAUCCGCCCACAUUCUAAGAUGGCGCUUAUAUAUACUAUAAGAUAGCUAAAGAUUGUUGAUAAAAUUAUGGCAACUGUCACUACAGUUCGAAAUCAGUGAAGACAGAAAUGGAUGACAGGGAAAAGUAACAGCCGCUGUCAUCGUGGCCGUGGUUAGCACUAGUGAACUGUGUGAUUCCCUCCCGACCCACCAGUGGCGCUAAGCUACCUCAGCUCGAAAACGCUAAUACCUACUAAUUGUAAGCUGCUGCUUGUGCCGCUGGCCUGCUGUAGUAGUUGUCAUGCGGAUGAAAAUUUUCUGACCCACAGGCAAAUAUUCAAACAGAGAAGGUGAAAAAGAAAGGGAAAAGGGAUAACAAUGUGACACGAUAGAUUGAUCAAUCACCGGGUCGAUCGCGACAAGCACGAUCACUGCAACGACGACGACGACGACGACGACGACGACGAACCAUCACCGCUGCCCACUUCCGCUCCCUUUAUAAAUAUUACCACUGUAUAUUAUUACAAAUUGAGACGUACUCGUUCUGCUGUUUCGAAAAUAUUGAUAAUAAUGAUAAUGAUGAAACAUAAGGAUGGUGAUGAUAUGAUAACCAUGUCCAUUAUAACGAUGGUGAAUGACAGACGGGGCAGGAGGCAAAACUACUGAUGCUGCUACUGGUGCAGUUAGAUGUCGUUUACGACAGGACAUGGCAUGGUAGCCGUUCAUUUGCCCACGCAGAUGUGACUAUCACGACACAUAGCCAGCAACAACGUUAUGAACAAACAUCCGAUUCUGAACCAUUCUGAACCCCUUUCCGACUCCAUGUGCAGUGAAAGAGUCUCCUCUCGGCAACUGAAUUCGCCAGGUCUUCUUCCGUCCGUUUCCAUGGCUCAUUCCUUGUCAAAAUGUUUUCUUGCUUCUUUCGCGUGAUCCCUGCCGUUGUAGCUCACCACAUGCCACUGACCGCCAUCCGACUUCAUUCAUGACAGGCGAAUAGCAAUCAGUUCACGUUUCUAAUUGAGCUUUUUAUUAGUGUCAUGUAUAGAUACACAUUGCUCCUGCCAACCAAUGCCAUAAUAAUACGGGUUUUAAUACCAUGACUAUGUUCCUCUAUAGAUAUGACAUUUUUUAUUGACGUAAUUAGGAACAGAGCAACCACGAAGGAGAUAGCAAUGAUUACGACCGCAGUAUGGUUCUUACGUCAGAUUAGAUUAGUAGCGGUAGUAGCAUGGGCAACCAUUACUUUGGCGCUUUUACCUUAUUUAUAAUAGAUAAUUCUACCAUAAGUCUACCGUUGUGAUUUGACUGAUCUAUCGAACGACUGAUUAUUAACCAUAGCUAUCAAUAUAUGUCCGUACACGAUGUAGCUGUGUAUAUUAUACCAUUAUUACUGUAGUAAAAUUUAUAGGCGAAAAGAUCCACUAAUGCUUUGGCUAUGUUUGGUGCUCAGCUCAUGUGCUCACCUUUUUCAUGCAAAAACAAUGAUGGUUUCUUAAAAUUUGGAUAAAGUCAAAGGCGCACGUAAAUAAUUAAGCUGUAACUGUGCGCAGGAAUCAUGAGUACUUCUCAUUAGAUCGUAACUAAGCGACAAAGAGCCUAAAAACGAUGCUCUUUGAUGUACGGAUACGAGAAGCCCGCAACUUAUAUAUACAUAUAUAUAUAAGGUUAUAUAGGAUUUUUUGGCUGAUAGUUUUAAAAUGGCAUUUGAAAUUUGGGAGGAGCAAUGUAAUCGGUGCGAUCGCUCGGACAACUGAACCUGCGACUAAAAAACCGGGGGGGGGGGUCGCUGGUCCAAACCCCGCCAUCGACAUUUAUUAUACAGCAGGUGUCAUUAAAUAAAAAAGAAAAUAAUAUAGUUUGUGCCGUAUAAAUCGUUACCCACAAUAAAAUAUAUCAAUAUACGCAAUAAGGUAUGAUAAAAAGGGACAGCAUGCUUAACUGGUGGUUAACGGUGCAGGGGCGAGGGUCUGAAGGAAAACGCAGUUCAGAAAAAGGCCUGGAGCCUACACGGUUUAGUCACACGGGUACCAAGGUGAUAUGCAUACAACAUUAGCAUAGUACUAACGUAAAACAAAGGAAUGAAUGUGCUGGUAGGACGUGAGGAGGACCGAAAAAGGACAGGUUCGUUCUUUUUCGAAUUUGAAAAAGUGUUACAAUCAUUAAGAUAUCUGACGCUAAGGUUAAUAGCUUGUGGAGUAGACUCGUUAGACUGCAGAGUUCUCAAACUGCCUCGGUCAAUACGCUAGUGUUUGUAGCAUUACUGCAUCUAGAUGAGCAUCGUAUCUUUGUAAAGACCUUCGAAACCAACUGAAAAUAACACUACGGUCACUAUGGAUUUAUAAUUAUGUAGAUAAAUGGGUAAUUUCAAACGUGCAGACAUCGACCUUUAACGCUAACUAAUCGACAAGAUUUAAAGAAACACACGUCUGGAUGAAAUGACAAACAAAAGUCGAAGCUAGGACAUCAAAGCAUCUCCAGCAAGACAACUAUUGAACGCUGAAUUGCAACGGUUCUGCAGGUCGGGCCCAUCCCGAUGGUGCA